UUGGUCUUCAUCGGCAGGAAAUCACUUGACACAUCUGCAGCCAAAAUUGCAAAUGUGUGCUACAUUUAAUCCUUUCGUUUGUGAAAUUGUUUUUUGAAGAGACGUGUUUUGGCGCAGAUCAUGAAUCGGGUGAGUUUUCUGUAAGGAUGGAUGGUCGUUGGUGAGCUAUAGGCCCUUCAGUGAUGCCUCGGACCGUCGUGAGCCGAUCAGAGCUCAGCUUCACACAGCUGGAGAGAUAUUGACGCUGAGUUUAUGAGCACUCUGGAGAGAAAGAAGGGAAUCAUGUUUACACCAUCAAAAAGGGAUUUUGUAUCUCUGACUCUGAGUGAAAGCAGCAGCUACACAGAUGUCAAGCAGUGGCGGCAGCAGUCCUGCUGGAGGAAAUGGAAACAGCUGUCCAGAUUGCAGCGCAGUCUGAUCUUGUUUACACUGAUGCUUCUGCUGGUUUGUGGCAUAGCCACAUCACCCACUCUUAUAGUACAUUGGAGAGAUGGCACUGUAGUUGUUCCUAUUGGGGACGUUGGAGACGUUGGAAAACAGCCAUUUUUUGUAGACCUGAAAAAUGAGUACAGUCCCUUUCUUCCCAUGCUGCCCUCUGAAAAAAAGGGUAGGCCUGGACAACCCUCCUUAAAUAACAGUUUGCAAAGCAAAACAAAUGUAUCUGGGUUGUUGGGAGAUGGAAAUGAUGGACCAGACCUGAAGAAUGUAGCAAAAGGAUCAGAAGGAGUGAAUGCAUUCAUAAGUUUGGGUGGAGCUGUGAUAGAAGAAGAACAGGGGUCUGAUAUCAAGGAGAAAGAAAACCAAGAAGACCCAUCUUUAUUAGCACUCGCUGACAGCAGGCUGGAGGCUGUGAGAGAAGCAUUUAGACAUGCCUGGAAGGGCUACAAGGAUUUUGCCUGGGGUCGUGAUGAGCUCAAACCCAUCUCUAAAUCUUAUGGAGAGUGGUUUGGACUUGGGCUAACCCUAAUUGAUGCUCUGGACACUAUGUGGAUCUUGGGUCUAAAAGAGGAGUUUGCAGAGGCCAGGAAGUGGGUGGCCAAAGAACUCUCCUUCAAUAAAAGCGUGGAUGUUAAUCUGUUUGAGAGCACCAUUCGUGUCCUGGGUGGUCUGCUGAGCACUUACCAUCUGACUGGAGACUCUGUGUUCCUGGAUAAAGCUACUGAUAUUGGCUCCAGACUGAUGCCUGCCUUCAAAACACCCUCUAAAAUCCCUUACUCUGAUGUGAACAUUGGGAAGGGGACCGCUCAUCCUCCACGGUGGACUUCAGACAGCACUGUAGCUGAGGUCACCAGCAUUCAGAUGGAGUUCAGAGAGCUUAGUCGGCUCACUGGAGAUCCUCAAUACCAGCUGGCAGUUAUGGAGGUGAUGGAGCAGAUCCAUAAAUUGGAUGGGAAACAAGAUGGAUUAGUGCCUAUGUUUAUCAAUACCAAUAAUGGGCAGUUUACCCACCAGGGUAUCUAUACAAUGGGGGCCAGGGCUGACAGCUACUAUGAGUAUCUGCUGAAGCAAUGGAUUCAGGGAGGCAAAAAAGAGAAGGAAUUAUUGGAGGACUAUCUGCAGGCUGUGGAAGGGGUGAAGAAAAACCUGCUGAAGAAGUCUGCUCCUCUAGGGCUCACAUUUGUAGGAGAGCUAUCCCAUGGAUACUUCAGUCCCAAGAUGGACCACUUGGUGUGUUUCCUGCCUGGCACACUGGCACUUGGAGCACACCACGGUCUUCCUGCUGAUCACAUGGAGCUGGCACAACAGCUGAUGGAGACCUGCUACCAGAUGUACGUCCAGAUGGAGACGGGCCUAAGUCCAGAGAUAGCUCACUUCAACAUGCAUGAAGGGAGCAUACAGGAUGUAGAUGUAAAUAUUGCAGACAGACACAAUCUUCUAAGGCCAGAGACUGUGGAGAGCCUCUUCUACUUGUACAGGUUUACCAAGGAUACGAAAUACCAGCAGUGGGGCUGGGAGAUCUUGCAGAACUUCAAUAAAUAUACAAGGGUUUCCACUGGAGGUUAUACGUCCAUAAACAACGUUCGUGACCCAGCCGAUCCCAGUCCCCGAGACAAAAUGGAGAGCUUCUUCCUGGGUGAGACGCUCAAAUACUUCUAUCUGCUGUUUUCAGAUGACCCCAACCUUAUGAACCUAGACGAAUAUGUCUUCAACACUGAAGCCCAUCCCCUGCCAGUAUGGCCACAAACGGAGUAAUGGACCCAUAAGCACACACAUGUACAAAACACACCUCUCAGGGCCGUGAAAACUCAGUUUCGAGUUUUGAUAUCCAAACUGCCAUAUUUUUUGUACACUAGGAACAAGCCUCUUUUCAUAAUUGAAAAUAUCUUGAGAAAUAAUUGUAAGAACCAUGAAGAAAAUCAAUAUGUAAAUGUGGAUGUCUAUUUUUUGAAUAUAGAGUUAACUAGUUGUCUGUUGUGUGUUACUAUUAAUAGUAUAUGUUACUGUUGUGUCUCUUACUAGAUUUAUGCUUUAAAGUUUAAAGGGAUGGUUACUAAAAUAAAUGUAAACUAAAAUUACUCAUAAUUUACUCAAACUCAUGUUGUUCCAAACCUAUAUUACUUUCUUUCAUUCAUGGAACACAAAAGGAAAUGUUAGACAGGAUAUUAGCCUCAGUCAUCAUUCACUUUCAUUGCAUUUUGUUUUUCCACACAGUGAAAGUGAAUGGUGACAGUGGCUAAAAUCUUGCCUAACAUCUCAUUUUGUGUUCUACAAAAUAAAGUAUGUCAUAUGGUAUUGGAACUAUAUGGUGAGUAAAUGACAGAGUAUUCCUUUUAAGAAUCAUAAAACCAAUAUUUUCAGUGACCAAAAUACACAAAGCCAACUAUGUUGCCUAAAUCACAUUGUCUGAUUAUAAGGCACAGAUCUGCAGGUGAGAUGGUUACUCUGCACGGGUGAUCUCUGCAUGAGAAGAACAAAUUAUGCUUUUGCUCAGCUGGGAUGAUAACUUGCCCACUUAAUCGAUGUGUGCAUUUUGCAGUCUCUCAGCCCACACACAGACAAAAAAAACUUUAAUACUGUGAAAUCUAAUGGGGACUGCAAGCACUUUAUACAGUAGAGUGUUUAGGAUUUUUAUAUAUAUGUAUUUUUUAAUGAAAGAACUGCUGCUUUUUUUGUCAUGGUGUUUGGGAAGGGCGUUUACAGGGUCUUUCAUCAUCAUAAGGGUUUGCUUAUUACAUUUUCCUCGAGUUAAACCUGUUUUCCAGAACAUAUGAUCAUCUACAAUUGCAUUUAGCAAUUUAUGUAUAAUUAUCAGACAGCAUUCAGAAUUGCCAAGUGGAAAUAAUUAUAACUUGUGAUCAAACAGAUCAGGCCCAUACAAGGGGGAAAAGAUGUAUUGUAUAUUUGGUAAUCAUAAGUGUUUUAUCCUUUUAAAUUUCACUUUUGUUUCUGAGCCUAAAACCCCAACAUUGCUGUGACGGUCAUUCCUGUCAAUACAGAAAAUGAAGGUUUCAAAUGAGUUGUUUGUGAGGGUUAAGCUUUUUUAUUAAAUAGGCAAAUAUCUUUUUUGAACCUUAUGUUUUCUAGGAGUUUGUUGUUUGAACCCAUAUUAUUAUCCCAGGAUUUUAUUUAGUUUGAUCCAGUGUUAUUUGAGUCGAUGUUAUGACUUUCAGGGGAACCUUUAUCAGAUGCGAUUGUCAGUAGUAUUAUUUUAAACAUAUGUAUAGGAAAAAAUAUCUAUAUAUCUAUAUA